AGAAUAUUUUUAAAGCCGGAGCAGCCUUCAUUGUCGAAACCAUUGCUACAAUGCAUUUGAAUAAAAUAUUAUUAAAUAAAUUUUAAAUAGAAAUAAAAAAAAAAAUUUCCAUUGCCUAAACUCAAAGCAGUGAAAGGUUUCCCUUGCUCACACGCUUCUUCCUCAUUCAAUAGUCAAUAUAUAAUAUAUAUAUAAUAUAUAUAUAUAUAUAAAGGAGUGUGUGUACAUUCACGCAGUUUAUACUGAUUCAAGCACAGUGGGAGACUAAAGGUUCGCCAAUGGCGAUCAGAUUGAGUUCAGCGGAUGCCUCUGGCUUCAAAUUCCUGUUCUUUCUCGCCGUUAUGUACGGGCUAAUGUCAAUGCUUACCUACUCCAUUCUUCACAUGAAAUUCGUUAGGCCGCUUGGCAUCGACGCGCCUCUGGAUCAGUUCUCGGAAGCUAGAGCAGUUGAACAUGUUCGAGUGCUGUCCGAAGAGAUCGACGGUCGUCAAGAAGGGCGCCAUGGUUUGAAAGAAGCUGCCCGUUAUAUCAAAGGGCAGUUGGAAACGAUAAAGGAACGAGCUGGUUUGAAUAUGAGGAUUGAAAUCGAGGAGACAAUUGUCAAUGGCUCCUUUAAUAUGAUGUUUUUAGGCCAUAGCAUAUCUCUAACUUACAGAAACCACGUAAAUGUCAUUAUGAGGGUAUCAUCUGCAGAUUCACAAGACUAUGAUUCAUCUGUACUGUUGAACGGCCACUUUGAUAGCCCACUUAGUUCUCCAGGUGCCAGUGAUUGCGGUUCAUGUGUUGCAUCAAUGCUGGAAUUGGCGAGACUUAUUACAGACUCUGGUUGGGUACCUCCUCGGCCUAUUAUUUUUCUUUUUAAUGGUGCUGAAGAACUUUUUAUGCUGGGCUCACAUGGUUUUAUGAGGACUCAUGAGUGGCGUGAGACCAUUGGAGCUUUUAUAAAUGUGGAAGCAUCUGGGACAGGCGGACCAGAUUUAGUGUGUCAAUCUGGACCUGGUUCAUGGGCUUCGCAAGUCUAUGCUCAAUCAGCAGUUUACCCUAUGGCACACAGUGCAGCCCAGGAUGUUUUUCCAGUUAUUCCUGGAGAUACAGAUUAUCGAAUAUUUUCCCAAGACUACGGCAACAUACCGGGUCUGGACAUUAUCUUUCUUCUUGGUGGUUACUUUUACCAUACCUCCUAUGAUACAGUGGACAGACUAGUACCGGGAAGUAUUCAAGCACGCGGAGAAAAUUUGUUUAGUGUCACUAAGGCUUUUGCCAAUUCUUCUGAGCUACAUAAUGCACAUGAAAGAGAACCUCAUGAAGUCCAAUCAGAAAAAAGUGAGCGUGCUGUUUUCUUUGAUUACUUAACAUGGUUCAUGAUAUACUAUCCAAGAAGAGUAGCUAUGAUUCUUCACAACAUUCCUAUUGCCAUCUUCUUCAUUAUGCCACUCCUUUUACAUUUGAGGUCCUCUGGGCUGCGUUCUUGGUUCGCAACUUUAUCAGAUUUUAUGAAAGGAACGCUAUUGCAUACAACUGGGUUUAUACUUGCAAUUAUUUUCCCAAUAAUUUUUUCCAUUCUGAGAUUGCUUUUUACUAGUCAGGCAAUGAACUGGUUUGCUCAUCCAUAUUUGGCUUUCAUGAUGUUCAUCCCUUGUGCACUUUUUGGUCAGUUGAUCCCUGUAGCUUUGUUGAGUCGUUCUACUGUCAUGGAAGAUGUUGCAUCUCAACGCAGAGCAAAGGAGGUAGCGGUACUAUCCGUUGAAGCCAGAUUUUGGGGAGCUUUUGGGUUUUAUGCUAUGUUAACUACGGCUUAUCUUGCAGCUGGGCUAUCUGGAGGCUUCUUGACUUUUGUUCUGUCUGGUUCGAUGCUUCUUGCUUGGAUUUUAGUUUGCUUGGUAGUCAAAAGUUCUGAUCAUACAUCUCUCAGGUCAACAAUGCUAUAUGUGAUACCUCAAAUUCCAGUCCUUGCCUACUCUGUUUACUUUGGUGGAUUUCUUAUCCAGUUCUUGGUUGAGAAGAUGGGAAUGAUGGGUGCUGUUCCACCCCCAUAUGGUUAUUUCAUUCCUGAUGUUGUAGUUGCAGCAAUUAUUGGAGUUGUGACAAGUUGGUGCGUGGGCCCUCUACUACCUGUUUGUGGUCACUGGUUAGCCAGACACUCUAUUAUGCAAUUUUUGCUUCAUCUUAGUGUGCUAGCGUUAGCUCUGUCAUCUCAAUUCUUUCCAUACACCACAGCUGCACCUAAGAGGGCUGUUUUUCAGCAUACGCUUCGUACUACAGAUUCAAAUCACAUUGUGGACUCCAGUUAUGAUUUCGCUGUGGUGGAUUCCAAUUCCUUACUUUUUCUUUUCAAAUAUGCACCUGAAGUUGCAAAGGAGUUGCAAAUAACUCCAGAGUUCUCAUUUGAAACUGCAAAGUUUUGUCACAGGGAAUCUUGGUUGGCACUUUUUCCUGUUCCUUUUAUGUUUUCAAGAAGUUUGAAAUUUCCAGCAAAAACUAAUGAAAUUUUGGAGCAAUACGAUCGAUUCCCUUUUCUGUCCACUUACAAAUCUCAUACAACACUUGGCGAGGGAACUCGGAGAAUUCACUUGGAACUUUCCUUGGGUUCCGUAAAGGAGGUUUGGGUGACAGUCCUCAACAUUACUGGCCCAUUAUCAAGUUGGUCAUUUGCCGACAAUGUGCUUCCAGCUCCUGAAACAAUUGAUGGAGGUCCACCCUCAUACAUUUGUCGCAUUAGUGGAGCCAGUCAUGAAAAUUGGACCUUCUGGUUAGAGGCUAACAGUGGUGAAGAUUUGAGGGUUGAGGUUGCAGUGUUGGACCAGUACAUGGUUGGUGAUGCAAAGAAACUGAAAGGUCUUUUCCCUGAUUGGGUUGAUGUUGUUGCAUACUCUAGCUUUGUAUCUAGUUACGUAUUCUAGCAACAGACCCUCUAAUCUAUCUUUAUUUCCAUUAAUCGAUUUCAGGCAUAUAAUUAAUUUUUAUAGGUCAGUGGUCACCCCAUAUUGCUUUGAAAAAUAAUUUUUUAAGAGAAUAGAUCAAUUUGUUCUUAAGUUAUUUCUGUUCAGCUCAGU